AUAAAGUAGUACGCUCAAGCCUCAAACUGCUUCCCCACCAUGGUAUUUCAUCACACGGACGUCUGCAAUGCACCCAAGACGACGACCCCGACCCGACUUUGACUCUUCAAACGCUGCCCCUCUUUCCCCGCCCCCCCCCCAAGUAGAGUACUUAACCUUGAUCGAUCCUUCAUUCUUCUUCAUCUUCGCCACCUGAUUCAUCCAUCCAAGAAUUCUUUGCCUUUGGCGCUCAGUUUUCUUUUUGCUUGAUAAUGGCGACCGGCGAGGAAGAGAACCGAAUCGAAGAGGUUUUAUCGUUUCCGAUUCUGUUGUCGGAGAGGAUUCGAGAGGCCAUCGACGAGGCCGGCACGUUCGAGGCCGACUGCGCCGAGGUCGGCAAGCAAGUCGACCGCAUCUCCCUCAUGCUCCGGUCCCUCGUCCGGUUCGCCACUACUACCGGCAGCUCGCUCUACGACCGGCCGGUCCGGCGAAUCGUGGCCGAUGUGUCGAAGAAUCUCGACCGUGCCCUAACCCUAGUCCGCAAGUGUAAGCGGCGGAGCAUCUUCCACCGCGUCGUUACCAUCGUUACUCAAGCCGACUUCCGCAAAAUCCUAGCCCUACUCGACGCUUCAGUGGGUGACUUGAAGUGGCUCUUGAGCGUCUUCGACUACGACGGCUCCACCACAGGCGGCGGCGCAGGAGGAGGCGGAAUUGUUCUCUCUUUGCCUCCAAUCGCCAGCAACGAUCCGAUUCUGUCCUGGGUGUGGUCUUUCAUCUCUUCGCUUCAUUUAGGGCAAUUGGCGGACCGAAUCGAGGCCGCGAAUGAGCUGGCUCCGCUCGCGCAAGACAACGACCGGAACAAGAAGAUCAUCGCCGAGGAAGGCGGCAUUCCUCCGUUGCUGAAGCUUCUGAAGGAGAGCUCGUCGCCGGACGCCCAAAUCGCCGCCGCUACGGCGCUUUUCAACCUGGCGAACAAUCAGGAACGAGUUCGCUUAAUCGCCGACGAGCUCGGAGUUCCGGUUAUUGUUCAGGUUCUUGGGGAUUCACAAAUGAGAGUUCAAAUUAUGGUGGCCAACUUGGUGGCGAGAAUGGCCGAGCACGACUCUCUUGUGAAAGAGGAUUUCGCCAGAGAGAACGCAAUUAGGCCGCUUGUAACAUUGUUGUCUUUUGAUACUUUUGAGGAUGAUCCAGUUGCAAGGCCUCAAUCUGGUAAGCAGAGCAUUCAUUCAAUUGUUCAAUUUAACAAGGAAAAAGAGAAGAAUUCCAAUCAUAGACGACAUUUUAGCUCAUCGUUGUCAAUGUACUCGGAUACUAGUAGUAGAGGAGGCCAGCAUAGAAAAGAGAGAGAGAAUGAGAGUCUUGAGGUGAAGCAUAAUUUGAAAACUAGUUGUGCUCAGGCUCUGUGGAUGCUUGCUCGGGGCAGCCUAUCGAAUAGUAGGAGGAUAACCGAAACAAAAGGGCUCCUUUGUCUGGCAAAGAUUAUUGAGAAGGAGCGCGGUGAAUUGCAAUACAAUUGCUUGAUGGCGAUAAUGGAGAUAACGGCAGCUGCUGAAUCAAAUGCUGAUCUUCGACGAGCAGCCUUUAGGACCAAUGCUCCAGCUGCAAAAGCUGUUGUUGACCAACUUCUGAGGGUGAUUAAAGAGUUGGACAGUUCAUUCCUGCAAAUUCCAGCCAUAAAGUCUAUCGGUUCAUUGGCUCGUACCUUUCCAGCAAGAGAGACUCAAGUUAUUGGUCCUCUGGUUAAGCAGCUUAGCAAUAAGAACCAAGAUGUGGCAACAGAAGCUGCCAUUUCCCUGGGGAAUUUUGCUUGUCCUGACAAUUUUCUUUGUACAGAGCAUUCAAGGACGAUAAUCGAGUUCAAUGGUGUUCCUCCUCUGAUGAGACUGUUGAGGGGUGGUGAACGCACACAGUUGCAUGGACUGAUUCUCCUGUGCUACCUUGCCAUUCAUGCUGGAAAUAGUGAGGCUUUGGAGAAAGCACGGGUGUUGAGUGCACUUGAGGGGGCAGACCGAACAGUGGCCACCCAACAUCCAGAGCUGAAAGAAAUGGUAAUGAAGGCAAUUUACCACCUCAAUCUCUAUCAUGCUGGUGUGAAUCCUCAUAGACAAUCGUAUGCCUCAUAAAUACCAUUGGAACAUGCCGACAAGCUAUUGUUACAUGGAUAACCAGUACAGCUACACAGAUCAGGUAAUAGAAAUACACAUAGUUGUUCAGUGAGGAAAGGAGCAGCUUGUCUAAUUAGAGAUUUGUCCCAAAGGACUUGUAGAUGACCUUAUUUAGAAAUGCAUGCUCUCAUACAAGUUUAGCUGCUCAAAUUGUGAUGAUCAGCUCAUUUUUAUGAACAAAAUGAUAAAUAGCCAUUACCCUGUUCUCUGGGGUAUGUCUCCCUAACUCUAAUUUUCCAAGUUGAUUACUUGAAUUGCUUUCAUUAUGGCACA